AUGUCCACCCUCCAUUCAACCAUCGAUGCUCUGGCCGCCCUCUGCACCUCCGUCCCCGAGUGGAAUGCCCGCCUCGACGAACUCAAUGGCCAGAUCGCCCUCCGCCAGGUCGAGCUCGCCCGUCUGACCGACGACCACGCCCCCGCACGCUCGCUGAAGCACCAAGGCUCGACCGAGUCGCUCCGGCCGAAGGAUGGGGCCGAGAACCCUUCUGCGGGCGACGACGAUGCAAAGGGCCUCGAGUCGAGUCCCUUACCCGCCCAGAAGUCCAAGGGCGCCCCCCCGCGCCCGAGCUCACUAACCGCGGGACGGUCCGCAGCCGUUGUGACCCCUCCUCCCCCUCGCCACCACGAAUCUCCGGGCCCUUCAACAGGCGCACAGGCUCGACAACACGCCCAUGGCCAUGGCCACGGCCACGGCCACGCUGCCUCUCCUGCCCACCAGCCUCGAACCGGGCUCGGCAAGCUGCGGAAACGAAAGACCGAAUCUGUUGCCUCGGGCGAAUCCCUCGCCCCGAAAUACAGAACCAGAUCCAUGAUCAUCGUAUACUAUGACAGCGCGGUCCAGACGGCGUUUGAGGAGCUGGUGAAGUUUGUGAGUGGGAGCAGGAAUGCGAUGCGGAAGGGGAGGAUGGCGGCUAAGAUGGCGGAGAUGCGUCGAGCGGCGGAGCUGGAGGUCGAAGCAGACGGCGAUGAUGAUGACGAGGAUGAAGAGGGGGUACAAUUGAUCGGCCUGUCCGCCAAGAAUCGGAGUCUGUCCGCGGCACAGGGGAAGGAAGGCGCCUCCUCCUCGAAGGCAGACCCAGCCUUGCCGCGGCCUCGAUCUUCACGACACGGGAGCGGCCUGUCCGGGGACGCGAAACCCGAUAAUCUCGGGAGUGUCCUCAGCGCAGGGAUCCUCAAGGGGUACAUGCGAGGCGGGGAAGGGGCGGCGACGGCCAUCUUCGACGAGAUCGACAAGGGGCUCGAGUGGUGCCAGAGCCAGUGCGAGCACGCGGCGCAUCAGUUCCUGCGGGACGGCGACUGCAGCACGGAGAUCGAGAACAUCAAGCGGAAGCUGCUCGAAGUCAAAGCGAUGGCCGAGAAGGAGAAGGAGAAGCUGCAGAAGGAGGAGGCCUCGACGCCCGCGGGCCGGGCCGCCGCUCUGCUCGAAGAGAGCGGCGGCGGUGCUGCGAAACCCCCGCCGGUCCGCGUGCGGCGGGACAUCACCGCCCCGCGCGAUCAUCAUCUCGUGGUCGACGAUGAUCUGGCAGCGGACCACAUGGCCAUCGACGAUAUGGACGUGGACGACAUGGCAGUCGACGAAGUAAUCGAGGAUCUCAACCCCUCAAAACUCGUCUUCAAGCGCUCACGAGAUAUCGGGCAUUGA